CCGGAAUAACCUCCGGCAGCGAAGUGGAGGAGUCCAUGUUGGGGAACUUGGAAACUGAGUGACGGUGACCCAGAGACGUGUGUGUAGGAAACAUCGCAGCCCCCCCUCCCUGAGCGGGAGCCUCAUUUGCAGCCAGAGGAAUUCCUUACCAAGAAGAGAUGAAGAAGAAAAAUAAUAUUUCAAAUGAGGGGGAUGAAGAACACAAAGACACUGAAGGUGAAGAAAAUAGAAUGCGCCCUCAUUUUGUUGUCAUUCCAUAUGAAGAAGCUGAUAGAUGCCCAAUAUGUCUUUCCUGCAUAAUAGAGAAGGAAGUUGGUUUUCCUGAAAAUUGUAAUCAUAUCUUCUGCAUUACCUGUAUUCUUAAGUGGGCAGAGACUCUGCCUUCAUGUCCAAUUGAUCGGAAACCUUUUCAGGCAAUCUAUAAAUUCAGUGCAUCCGAAGGUUGUAUUAAGGUACAAGUACCAAGACAAUUAAGAGAAACAGAUGAUAAGAAAUGUGAAUGCUCCUUUAAGAAACAGGAUUGCCAUUCUGUAAAUAUUAAAAGCUGCACGAGAAAAAGAGCAGAUGUAAAAAGAGAUCUGUUAAGUGCAGAAUUUUAUAAAGAUUUGAAGAAAAUGCAUAAAAAUACUUCAAAUAAUGAAAUGGUGAACAGGAAAGCCACAUUAAUUAAGCCUCAAAGACAGAACUGUCCAAAUCACUGGUUUCGAAAUUAUUUUUCCAGUGUAUUUUCUUCUGAUAAUCACAUUGGAGAAUCUUCUUGUACUGUUAGAAGUUACUGUACAGGAUUUCCAGAAGUCACUGAAAUUGACUCAAUGAUUAGACAAAAGAGACAGGAACUGCAGUUGUCAUGGUUCCCUGAUACAUUACCUGGGGUUGCAAGAGUUGGUUUCAUUCCUUGGAUGGCUGGAGCUGAAAUCAUUCCUCUUGUUUCCUCUAUGUUGCCAGGAACAAUUUUUCCAAUGAAUACUAUUUCUUUGGAAGACUUUGGGUCAAUUUGCAAGGAACACGUGCUUGCACAUACACAAGGGGGAGAGGAGAAGAAGCAAACUUCAGGCACAUCAAAUAGUAGAGGAACAAGAAGAAAGCCUGCAGAAACAACUCCUAGGAGAAGAUCUACACGUAAUAUGAAAUCUGAAACUGUUAGUCAAUCUCAGAAUUCACCGAUUUCAAAUAACUCUGAGUAUGAUGCCCCAGAUAGCAAGAAUUCAUCUAUAAAUGUUUCCACUUCAGCAGAUUCCAAGAAGCAGAUUAGACCAAUCCCCAAAAGAAAGCCUAAGAGAAGAACUAGAAAGGCACCUGUAGUUAAAAAGAAACUUCGAAGUUCAUCAUCUCUCCCUGAAAAAUCAUCUUCUAGUGAUUCUGCAGAUGAAGAAGUUGUGGAGUCUGACACGCUCCCUGUAUUAGAUAAAGAAUAUAUAUCCAAUACAGAAAGUUGCAGCUCUUGCAUCAUGCAGCCAGACAUAGAGCAAGAAUCUGCUAAUGGCCUGGGAAGUUUAAAUGAACAUGUAGACAUUGAGGAACUUAACGAAAAUCAUGGAAAAGAACUGGAUACUGUAGAGAAGUCAUUUUCUGAUUCUGGUAAUCAGGAACCUUCUCUGCUAGUUGAAGAAGAAAUUAAGGAAAUUGAGAACAAGAGUACUGAGGAAGAUACUUUGUUUUUAGAAAGUGAGCUUUCUAAGAAUAAUACUGAGAAAGUAGAUGAGCCAAUGGAAACUCAAGUUAAAAUAUCUGAGCAUUUAGAAUUUGAGUUAAAGGCAGAUGCAACCCUUGAAAGUACUCAAAAUGAAUUGCCUACAAAUUCAAAAUCUGAGGGAGAUGUAUACCAGGUUCAUACUAGUUUUAAAGAUGAAGUAUUUGAGAGUUCAGAAUCAAAGGUGAAUGAAGAUCAGUGUACAGAGAGUCUCAAAGUGAAUACCCUUGGCCAUAUUGAUUCUGAGAUUAAAGUAUUAUGUGUACAAAGUUCUGCGGUUGAAUCCCUUGAACAGGAAGAAGCAUUACUUGUAGAAGAUCAUGUUCCUGAGAGCCCAAAGGUUGAUUUGCUUGAUCAUACAGAAUCUGGUGAACUGGAUAGCCCUGGAAAUGAGGAAAGUACAAUAGUUUAUUCAGAUAAUGAACAUUUAAAAAGUAUUCAAGAAAGUAAAAAUUUAUUGAAAGAUGAUCUGUCAGAUGAUGAUAAAGUUAAUAAAUCUGUAGAAGAGAAGUCUGAAUUUCUUGAUGAAGAGAACAAAAAUAUAGAAUCGUCUAACUUAGAUAGUGAACAGCUCCCCAAACAUUUUAAUGAAGACAAUAAUGAAACAAUACCUAUGGAAUGUGACUCAUUUUGUAGUGACCAAAAUGAAUCUGAAAGUGAACUGGCUAUCAGUGCUAAAACCAAUCUGGAGGAAAAUUCUCAAGAUAAAACACAAGAUUCUGAUCUUAAAAGUGGAAAGGAUGCAACACUUACACAUGAGACUGAAAAUUCUGCACAUCUAGUAGAUAAGGCGAAAAAACCUCGAACUAGAAGGUCUAGAUUUCACUCUCCAUCUACAACAUGGUCUCCUAGCAAAGACAUUAUACGGGAAAGGAAGCGGUCUCAGUCUCAAUCUCCUAAGAAAGAUAUAGGAAAAGAAAGCAGAAAAUCUCAUUCUCAGUCUCCCAAAAUGGAAAUUACCAGAGGUCGAAGACGAUCUCGAUCUCAAUCUCGAUCUCCAAAGAGGGAUGUUGCAAGAGAGAGGAAACGAUCUCAGUCUUGGUCUCCAAAAAGAGAGGAAGGCAGGAAGUCUCAGUCACUCUCUCCUAGGAGAGACAGUUCGAGAGAGGGCAGACGGUCUCAGUCAAGAACAAAGGAUUCUUCCCCAAAAGAGAAAUCUAGAUCUCGAAGCAGAGAAAGAGAAAAUGAUAGAGAUGGGCAAAGGAGAGAUCGUGUUAGGGAGAGGAGGGCCAGAAGGUGGUCUAGGUCCCGAUCUCGUUCUAGGUCAUGCUCAAGAUCUAGAACAAAAAGUAGUAAGGCUUCCUUCAGUCGAAAUGACAGAGACAGUUACUCUCCUAGGUGGAAGGAAAGAUGGACAAAUGAUAAUUGGAGGUUUCCCAGGGGAAAUGAUAGAUAUAGAAAGAAUGAACAAGAUAAGCAGAAUGAAAACAUGAAAAAAGAAAAAAAUGAAGUUAAUCCAGAUACUGAUGAACAGUGUUCUGCUGAUAAACAUAAAAAUGACUGCCCAGAUUGGAUAAUGGAAAGAAUAAAUUCAGGUCAAGACCCAAGGACUAGGAAUACGGAGAAAUUUAAAGAUUCUCAUUGGGAAGAAAAUAGACAUGAUAAUUCAGGGAAAUCUUGGAAUAAAAACUUUGGUUCCAGUUGGAUGUCCAGCCGGGGCAGAGGCAACCGGGGCAGAAGUACCUUCAGAGCAGGUUUUGGACAUAAUGAACAGAAUGAAAAUAGAUGGCAAAACAGAAAGCCUCUCUCAGGAAACUCAAAUAGUUCAGGGAAUGAGUCAUCAAAGUUUGUUGAACAGCAAUCCUAUAGACGUAAAAGUGAGCAAGAAUUUUCAUUUGAUACCCCUGCUGAUAGGUCAGGGUGGACUUCAGCAUCUAGUUGGGCUGUAAGAAAGACAUUGCCUGCUGAUGUACAGAAUUAUUAUUCAAGAAGAGGGAGGAAUUCCUCAGGCCCACAGUCUGGUUGGAUGAGGCAAGAAGAGGAAACACCUGAGCAAGAUCAAAACCUCAAAGACCAAACUAACCAACAAGGUGAUGGUACUCAGCUUCCUAUAACUAUGAUGCCGCAACAAAUGAAUGUAAUGCAACAACAAAUGAAUGCACAACACCAAACUAUGAAUAUCUUCCCAUAUACAGUGGGUGUUCAUGCCCCCUUGAUGAACAUCCAACGUAAUCCAUUUAACAUUCAUCCUCAGCUACCCAUGCAUCUCCAUACAGGAGUGCCUCUCAUGCAGGUAGCUGCUCCUGCCAAUGUGUCUCAGGGAUUACCACCACCACCACCCCCUCCCCCGCCAUCCCAACAAGUCAACUACAUUGCUUCACAACCAGAUGGAAAACAAUCACAGGGUAUUCCUAGUGCUUCUCAUGUAGGUAAUAACACAAGUACACCAGUCUUACCUGCUCCAACAGCAACCCCUGGAAAUAUGGGCACAUUUCAGGGACCAAGUUCUGGUAAUGCUUCAUCAUCAAGUCACAGCAAAGCUCCUAAUGCUGCUGUAAAAUUGGCCGAAAGCAAAGUAAGUGUUACAGUGGAAGCCAGCGCAGAUAGCUCGAAGACAGACAAGAAAUUGCAAAUUCAAGAAAAAGCAGCACAGGAAGUAAAAUUGGCCAUUAAGCCAUUUUACCAAAAUAAAGAUAUUACCAAGGAAGAAUACAAAGAGAUUGUGCGGAAGGCAGUAGAUAAAGUUUGUCAUAGUAAGAGUGGAGAAGUGAAUUCUGCUAAAGUGGCAAAUCUGGUUAAAGCCUAUGUAGACAAAUACAAACAUUCUCGGAAGGGGAGUCAAAAGAAAAACCCAGAAGAACCUGCAUCUACUGAAAAAAAAAUAGGAUGAAAUAGAAGCGCUAAGAACACUAUCAAGAUUAUCUGCAAAGUGCAAUUUCAACAAGUACCAUUAACUGAAAAUUAUACACAACUGUUAUUGAAAUCUGGUUUUGAUAAAAUUCUCUUUUUUCAAUGUAGGUUAUAAUGGUUUGUUCUAAAUUAAUAGAGUUCUGCACUGCAACUUCUUUAUCCCUUUUUUCAAAAACAAAUUGAAAGGAAAGUGAAAAGUUUGAAGGAGAGUACAUUUUAAUUAGGAAUGUGCUAUAGUAUGGAAACCGGAAGAUGUACAGCAUUUUGACUUGAACAGUGGAGCACAUAAAUUAGAAACAAGUAACAUUGGUUUUGGAAGAGGUAUGUACAUGUAGACUGUAAGCCUAAAUAUAUUAUGGUAGGAUUUUCUUCCUUAUGUCUAUUCCCCUUUAAUUGUGGUAAAAAUUAAAAUAAUGUAUUGCCAUGAAUAAUAUUUCUAAUAUUAACUAGACAGACUGGUUGCUGGAUUCAUUAUAUGUGUGUAUAUUUGUUUAUAUAUGUGUGUGUGUGUGUACAUACACAUAUACAUAUAUAUAUAUAUUUUUUAAAAGCACGACUGUCAGAACAGAGAAAAAUGUUUAGAUAGAAAAAUUAUGGACAAAUAGUACUGUUCAACUCCACAACUUUUGGGAUACUGUUCAACACCAAAUAAAGGUUAUGCUGCUUGUUUUAAUUUUGUGCCCUCCCCUCCCCCCAUCUCUUUUGGCUUAUUAGGAAAAAAUGGUAUAACUCUUGAGGCUGCUAAAAUGUUAGCAGUCCGUAGUCUCUGGCUACACUUGGAAGGACAAUCCAGAGAACACUUCAGAAAUCAUGCACUCUUCAUUAACAUCUACUACUGGUUGGAGGCAGCAGAUUGUGCCACCUGAGAUCUAUAGUUAUGUGCAUGAUUUUUUUGCGUUGACUUUUUUCUUGGAAAUAGGUUAUAAUAUAAACUUCUUUUUGGUGGCUUGGCUUACAGGUCAGGAAUGGUAUUACUGUCAUUAUUUAGGAAUCUCGUUUUAUAGCGAGUAAAAUACUUAGACAUGUUGUAAAGUCCUAGGCAUGAACAUGUGUUUUGUGGUAAGGGAAGAGAGUAGUGCAGUUUUACUUGGGUUUUUUGGGACGAUAGACCUAUUGUCUGAGAAGAUGCUACAAAACCUACUGAUUUGGAAAUAGCAACUUAAAGACUAGUUGGGUCCUUUUUUUAAAGGAUGAUACUGGUACAGUACAAAAAUCUCUUUCUACUUCCAGCCAGGAUUAGCUUUGGUUAGAAAUUGAACCAUAUAAAUGAUAUUUAGUCAAACAGUCAUAUAUUCCAAGGCAGGAUUUUAUUUCAUUAAGCCAAAUAUGACCCUUUUACUUGCUAAACUUUUCAGCUUGAGCAAUACUGUUUAUUACUAUGCUGUAUUAAAGAUAUUUCAUUUCUUCAAUUUUAGGUGCACAGUAUGUGCCUGGUCCUAGCUUUGGUAGGCACAGUUAUUUGCAAUAUAGGACCUAAUUAAUGUUAUAUCACCUUUGUUAAACUUUUAAAAGAAAAAUUCUGAGGCAUUAAAAAAUGACCUUUGCAUUUUGAGGGGGAGGGGGAUAGCUUUAUUUUAUCAUUUUUCUGAUUUGUAUUUUUGUUUUAAAACUCAUCAUAACUAAACUUAAAGAGUAAUAGGAUCUGGAGUUUGAUAUUGAUUUUUUUUUUCUUCCCUAAAGCACACAAAAACCAUGUCUUAAGAUUCCCAGAAUAUUCUCUUUCUCUCUCAAUUCAGUUUUGACCUGUGGCAGCAGUUGUGUGAACUUUUAAUCUAUUUUGAACUAAAACUGGUUAGCACUUUGAAGAAAUUUGUAGCAAAUUGCUAUGCCUAUGCUGAUUACUCACACGCUGUGCGUAUUUUCCUGCAUUUUCCUUCUAGGAGUUUUGGGAGUUGUUUUAUAUAACAUUUCCCUCUCACUUACCCCAGCCCAUCCCCAUUGCUUCAUGCGUUUGAGUCUCAUUACCAGACUACUCUUGCAAACCAGCAAAAGGGCUUAACAGAAGGGCAGAUAUGGUAAGGAUAUAAAAUCUAGAUUUAGAGUAGAAAGUUUUGUUUUUGUUUUUUUUGUACCUUGCUGGGAAAUAAUGAUAACUGCCAUCUCUAGUUGGGGCAGUGGUUACAUUGGAGCUCUGCUGUAUCUAUAAUUUCUAAUUAAGAAUGUCUGAUAGAUUAGAAUGCGAUGAGUAAGCUUUUUCUUGUUUACUUGGAAAUAUUUAAGAAUUUAUCAGAAAAUGCAUGAUGUAUGUUUUUUUGAGAAACUAUAUUGCCUUAUAUACAUGUUAUUUUCCCUGAAUUUAAAUAUACUUUGCAUACAUCUGAUGUGCAUUCCCCAUCAUCAUCACCAGUUAGUUACUGAUCUCUUUUGGUAUUAAGACUUCAACUGUAUAAUUUUUGGCCAGAAUACAGCAAAAUGUAAUAGUGUUAUUAUUAGCAAAUGUUCUGGGCCAAAAAAUUCCUAAGAUUUUGAAGAAAAUUAUUUUUUAGAACCUAAAGAUAGUGACCAUUAAUUUUUGGAAUUAUAAAGAUUUUCUGUACCUUUCUGCUAAUUACUGAGUUGCCCCCUUACACUCCUUGAAAUGAUCACUGUCCCUGCUGCUUGAAUGUCUUGUCAGGAGCACAGUGGUUGCCCAAGGGUCUGUGUUUGUAGCCUAAGGCUGGAGUGCUGCCUACUAAAACAAAACUAUCUUAAGCAAAUUAUGUAGUGCAUAAUAUUUUCUAAUAAAUUCUUUUGACUAAAA